AUGUAUUUUUUUUAAAAAAGACAUGGGAGUAGGUUCCAGGCUUGCAGCCAUUACCUACUGAGCCUUGAAUUAACUCGCUCUUAAAAAGGUAAAGGUACCCCUGACCAUUGGGUCCAGUCGUGGACGACUUUGGGGUUGCGGCGCUCAUCUCGCUCUAUAGGCCAAGGGAGCCGGCGUUUGUCCACAGACAGCUUCCGGGUCAUGUGACCAGUAUGACUAAGCUGCUUCUGGCGAACCAGAGCAGCGCACGGAAAUGCCGUUUACCUUCCUGCCAAAGCAGUACCUAUUUAUCUACUUGCACUUGACAUGCUUUCGAACUGCUAGGUGGGCAGGAGCUGGGACCAAACAACAGGAACUCACCCCGUCGCAGGGAUUCGAACUGCCGAUCUUCUGAUCGGCAAGCCCUAGGCUCAGUGGUUUAGACCACAGCGCCACCCGCGUCCCUUAACUCGCUUUUACUCAGUGUAAUUCUACUGUUAUAUGAGAGGAAGAAAAACUCCCUUCUCCCCACUUUCCCCACAACAUGGACAAUUUUAUACACUUCACUCAUAGCCAGCACUUAAGUCCAAAUGUUGUAACCUUUCCUCGUAGGGGAGUUGUUCCAGCCCCUUUUGGGCUACCCUUUUCUGAAACUUUCCAGCUUUUACAACAUCCAUUUUGAGAUGUGGCAAUCAGAACUGAGCACAAUAUUCAAAGCGGAGUCACACCAUGAAUAUUGGCAAUUUUACUUUCAAUCUAAUGAUCCCUAACUUGGAAUCUUUUCACGGCUGCCAUUCACUUGGUCGACAUCUUCAUCAAGCGAUCUGCUACUUUCCCUGGCUGCUUCAUGUGCCGGAAGCGUCUACGUGAAAUCAUGUGUUAUUUGCCCUAGUGAACAUCACUUUGCACUCUCUUACAUUGAACUGCAUUUCUGAUUUUAAUGCCCAUUCACCCAGUUUAGAGAGAUCCUUUUUAGAUUAAACCACCCAGAGCAGUCAGCAAACCAAGCCAUCCCAUUCCUAACCCCCAAAUGCCAAUCAUUUAAAAACAAGUUUAAAAAGUACCAGCCCCAAUACAGAUCCUUGGGAACCCCACUUCUUACACCCCUCCUUUGAGAGAACUGCCAUUCCCCCCCUACUCUUGAGACUUCCAAUUCUUUAACCAGUUACUGCAUCUCCCCUAUUGAUGUGCUUAUUGAUGCUCUCAAAGUACAGUGGAACCUCGGGUUACGUUACCCUUGGGUAACGUAAACUUCGGGUUGUUAAAGUGGCAAACCCGGAAGUGUUUCGCCGCUCGUGCAUGCACAGAAGCGGUCGUCCGGUUGUGAAAACUUCAGGAUACGGCCAAACCUCCGAAACGGAUCCCAUUCGCAACUGGAGGUACCACUGUGCUCUGAAAGGACAAGACUUAACUCUGUGUAAGCCAUGAUGUUUCUUCUCCUGCAAGACAUUUUCUAUAUACUUGCUGAUUAUAUCUUUAAUAAUGCCUUCCACCAGUUUUCCUGGAACUAACAUCAAGCUAAUGCCUGUAAUUUCCUGGAAUCCACUGGUGUUACACUACUGAGUUUUGGUCCUCGCCAGUCUUAGGGGCGAAUUACAUAUUUUUGUUAGAAAAUGAGCAAUUUCACAUUUGAGUUCUUUUAAGAGCUCUUGCGAGGAUGUCAUCUGGAGCUGUUGUUGGUUUUUAAUUUGUCAGCAAGGCCUGGAAUUCUGUCUCGGUCUUCACUAUUUCACUCAGUUCCUCGUGAGAAAAUUAGGCACGGAGGUCUCACUGUCAACUUUCUCAGUCGGGGAUGUUGUAGGUGCGCCAUAAUGAUUUGUCGGAUUGAAAGGGACGGUUAUAAUCCCAAUAAUUCCAGUCACUUUUAUGACACUUUCAGCUACUGUCAAUAAUUGUUGUUGUUUAGUCGUUUAGUCGUGUCCGACUCUUCGUGACUCCAUGGACCAGAGCACGCUAGGCACUCCUGUCUUGCACUGCCUCCCGCAGUUUGGUCAAACUCAUGUUUGUAGCUUCGAGAACACUGUCCAACCAUCUCGUCCUCUGUCGUCCCCUUCUCCUUGUGCCUCCAUCUUUCCCAACAUCAGGGUCUUUUCCAGGGAGUCUUUUCUUCUCAAUAAGUACUGUACCCUGAUUUUCGUGUCCAUUUAGCUUUUGAGAAGUCAUUAAAAUGUUUGCUGCCUGGACACAGGCACUGCUUUCAAUGGAGACUGUUCGUUCUUCUGUUGUUUUUCUUUUCUCUUCCGCUUAAAGAGGUCUUUGCUCUUCGUGAAUGUAUUAUUUGAUUAUAGGCAGCUCUGCCCCUCAGCUGCAUAAUCUUGAUGUUACUCAUUCUCACAACAGCUCUGCGUAAGGUGUUACAUAACUAAUACUGCAGUAUUAUAGGCGGAGGAACGGGAAUGAGCUCCAGUGAUUUGCUCAAACCACAAAGUGCUUCUCGCUUGAAGAAUGGGUGCUCCCAGAAGGUCACCCUUGUAUUUUGACACCAUAAAAAUGUGAGGCGGUUGAUAAUCCAUAACUGGAUCGGAGAAUGACUACAGCACUGUAAGGCUUAAAAGCAGGCAAGAGUUUGAAACAGUAGUUUGAAGACGCUUCGCUUACCCACACCUACGGCCUUUCCCCCAGUGUUGAAUCUGGUCAAACAGGUUGGGGAGGUUUUUUGGAGGGGAGGGACGGACCCAGCUCUAUUCAUUGACUUUGCAGAAGAUUUCCUAAUGGUUAGGUUUAUGGCUUUGGAGUCUCUUGUAUGGAGACACUUUCCCCCAACCUCGGCUUUCCCAGAUGUUCUUGAAAUGCAGUUCGCAGCCAACAUGGUCAGUGGUAGGGGGUUAUGGGUGUUUUCGUCAAGCAACACCCGGAGGAGCCAAGGUUGGGGAAGGCUGAUUUAGAGUAAUCUGGAUUCCCGGAGGCUUGGUGGCUAUUGCUGAGAGGAUGGAGCAGAACGGAUUUGAUUUAAAUCAAAUCGAUUUAAAUCACAAUUUAAAUCACUAGUUGAUGCAAGAAUGGACAUUAUAGCCUAUGAUGAUUCCUCCAAUCCACCGCUGCAGAGAUAUUGAGAGGAAACCGGAAUACCUUCAACCGGACCAGUGCGUUCCACCUCCCAGCCGUGGUUCCUCGGGAACAAUGUGGUUUAUCCGUGAUGGCUGUGGUAUUGCCUGUGCGGUCGUCACUUGGUUCCUGGUCCUCUAUGCCGACUUUGUGGUCAUCCUCGUAAUGCUGCUUCCCUCCAGAGACUAUAUUUACAGUGUGAUCAACGCCAUAGUUUUCAACACAUUGGCAUUCCUGGCUCUGGCUUCGCACAUGAGAGCUAUGGUAACAGAUCCAGGUGCAGUGCCCAAAGGUAACGCCACAAAAGAGUUCAUAGAAAGUUUGCAGCUGAAGCCCGGGCAAGUAGUUUACAAGUGUCCAAAAUGCUGUAGCAUCAAACCUGACAGAGCACAUCACUGCAGUGUUUGCAAGAGGUGUAUACGGAAAAUGGAUCACCACUGCCCAUGGGUUAACAAUUGCGUAGGAGAGAACAACCAGAAGUACUUUGUACUGUUUACAAUGUAUAUAGCACUUAUUUCCCUGCAUGCCCUGAUCAUGGUUGGAUUUCACUUCCUGUAUUGCUUUGAAGAAGACUGGACAAAGUGCAGUUCUUUCUCUCCACCGACGACUGUGAUCCUCCUUAUCCUCUUGUGCUUUGAGGCUCUCCUCUUUCUAAUCUUCACGUCUGUAAUGUUUGGAACGCAGGUACACUCCAUCUGCACUGAUGAAACGGGCAUAGAGCGGCUUAAAAAACAGGAGCCAACGUGGGAAAAAGUCAGCGGCUGGGAAGGGAUGAAAAUGGCUUUCGGGGGUGAUCUUUCACCGAGGUGGUUCAAUCCUUUUUCAGACCUGAGUUGCAAGAAGGCUCCUCCAGCCGGCACGGCGACAGUGGCUCCUUCUGAGAUGGCGGUCCAGGAAGCUUUUGAGCAGCUUUCUCAUCAAGAGGUGGUUGUGGGUGUGCUAGACGAAUAAUGUGUCCUUGCAGAUCUCCUCCGUAUGCUUCUGUAACUCGAGCACUUGAGCCUCAGCUUCUUAAGAGAUUGUGACGCAUGAAACCAAUGAGGCUUCCCUUUUCCUUUAUCCAAGGACCUCGCUUGACAAGAAGCGGUAAACUACAGCUACAUUCCUGCGAUGAUGACCUACUGGUGGCAAUGGAGGAUUUUAACCAAGCUUCCGUAACUCAAAAAAAAAAAUUAACGGGUUGUCCAAAGUUGACCAUGCCUAAAAAUAUGCAAUAACGAAAA